AUGGAGGUGGAUCAAGGGUCUCAAAACGGGUCAGAGAACGGAGGCGAGGAGGAGGCGUGGCAGAAGACCCGGGCGGGGAAGCGGAUUGAGGAGCUCAAGGUCGUCGAGGAGAACAUUGCUGCACUGCUCCACUUUGCCGGCUGCACUCUCGCGUCCCUCCACCCCGACCCGCUGUCCUCGUUCACCUCUCGAGAACUUGCGGUGGACGACGACGAGGUAGAAGACGGCGCAAAGGCGGGCGGCGCGGCCUCAGGAGAGGGAGGAGAGAAGCUCGCCGACUUCAGCAAGUACGCGGAGGGCUACUAUGCCACGCUGAAUGACAUCCAACUCGCCCUCCGCACGUCCAUCCGACACCUCCGCGUCUCCCGCACGUCGGCAGCACCGUUGAUCGACCCGUCGUUUGGCAGUCUCGUCACAGCAGGACCCGCAGCAUCAGCAGUGGGUCCAGGAGGCGUUGCGCUCGCCGACCUGCUCAAGCCGCUCGAGGGCAAGGUACCGCUGUGGGAUGGCAAGACACAGAGGGUGCGGGAGGAGGCGCGGGAGGCGCAGGCUGAGGAACGGCUGAGUGUCGCCGCGCUCGAGCUGGAGAGGGAGGCGUGGGCGGACCUGGUGCGCUCGCUCGAGGCGGGUCGGGCGGAGUAG